AGAAUUGCGGUAUCCAGACAUUAACAAUCAACCACGACUGCCCCCCUCCAAGAAUCAUAAUCAACUGUCGAUAGUGUCUUCUUCUCUGUCAGGAUGGCGGACCCCAACACUAAACAGAUGCCACAGAAAAGUGCCAACAUUGCAGCUGGAGCAGUUGUGUGUGUAGAGAGUGAAAUUAGAGGAGAUGUGACCAUUGGUCCAAGAACUGUGGUCCACCCCAAAGCACGUAUUAUAGCUGAGGCAGGCCCUAUUAUCAUUGGCGAAGGCAACCUGAUUGAGGAGCAGGCUCUCAUCAUUAACAGUUAUCCAGAAAAUAUUAUGCCUGACACUGAAGGAGUUGAACCCAAGACCAUGACGAUUGGAAUCAACAAUGUGUUUGAAGUCGGUUGUGUCUCUCAAGCAUUGAAAAUUGGUGACAACAAUGUCAUCGAGUCAAAAGCGGACCUAGGGAAGAACGUCAUUCUCACCAGUGGCUGUAUCGUCGGCGCUUGUUGCCAGGUGAAUACGUGUGAGGUCAUUCCCGAGAACACAGUCAUCUACGGGUCUAACUGCAUGAGGCGUGUGCAGACAGAAAGGCCUCAGCCUCAGACGCUCCAGCUAGAUUUCCUCAUGAAGAUCCUUCCCAACUACCAUCACAUGAAGAAGACUGUCAAAGGAACCUCCACUCCUGUCAGAAAUUAACCUCUGACUAACCAAAGAUCAGCGUUCCCUGACACUCACCAGACCUUAACAAUGAAAGGUGUAGAGACUAAAUUUAUCCUAGAACUGAUGCCAUAGACCUGAUGUCCGAGACCUGUUGUCCUACAGCUAUUGUCCUAGACCACGUAAGAAGUAGUUUCUCUCCUCUGAGGCAUGAGUGCACAUUCCUAGCUUUUCUCAAUUCCCAAUCAUAAGAGAGAGAGCCCAUAUGCAGCACUCCAUUGGGUCAUUAGCUAAACCAAUAGUAAUACAGUUCCUGGUUUUGUUUCUUAUUUGUCUAUCUUGCUCUUUUUAUUGUAUCAUUUUUUUAAUUGUCUGUUCAAAUGUCAUAUGUUGUAUUUCUGUCUUAAAUUUAGCAGAUUCAGUUAUGUUAAUGUAUAUUUUUCAGCUUUGGUUGUUGUGAAAUAAAAAGCUAUUUAAAAGAAACAGUACAA